CAGCAGCUCUGAAACCAGCUGAAAGCACUCGGAGAGUGAUUACCAUCCAGCAGCAAACACAAGCAGAGAUGUCAGAAAAACAUUUGGAAAGACGCAAUCCCUUUAGAAACUGCAUCCCAUCAGGUCGCCAGCUUCCCCGGACCCCUCCGAUGACGGCUGUGAAGAAGCAGCUGAAGUUCUGUGAUCCAGAGAAGUGCAAGACCCCAGACACAGAUGUUGACACAACAAAGCAACAAAGUCCAGCUCUUGGGUGCAGCUUUACUGAAGCAGCUAAUCUUGACACCUUGCUGAAGGGGAUGAAGGGCUAUCAGCCCACCCAGAGUGACUUGGAAUUCAUUGAAAAGAUGAAGGAAGAAAAGCUUGUUAAAAAGCUUCAGGACGAUUUGCAAGAUUUGCAGAAGCUGCUGAAGAAUAAAAUGAUGGCCUUGGAGCUUGCAAAAGCUUCCAGGAAGAUGACCCAGGAUGAACUUGACAAGUUCCCCUCCUGUGAGGACCUAAUGAAGUGGGCCAAACUGGUGCUCAGAAAGACGUCUCCUUUAACAGUGCUUGAUGAUCUGGACAUUGAGUCUCUACUGGUCAGUAUAACAACUGAAGACAUUCAGAGCUUUAUGGAGGAGAAGAAGAAAGAAGUCGAUCAGCUUAAGGCAGCGGUGGAAGAAAUGAAUGAGACAGCUGACAAGAAAAGAGGGCAGCUUGAAAAUCAAGUUGCUUGCGAGAAGCUGAAGAUCCAGGAGCUGGUGAGGCAGCUGGCUGACCUGAAAUCUGAAUUAUCACAACAGGAGUCAUAUCAGCCUCCUGAGGUGCAGAAAGAACCAGAGGAUCUGGAGGAACCACAAGCCACAAAAAGCAAAGAAAAAUAUCAAGGAAGUGGAAGGAAGGAGGUGAAACUUUGUGAGGCAGCAACAAAUGGUAACUCAACCAGGCGUAAACACACAAAUGAGACCAAGUCAAAAGGAAAGAAGAGAAAAGACGUUUUGGGAACGAGGCCAGAAGAGAAGCAACAGAAAUCUGCAUCAGAACCAAAGACUUUAAGGUCAGCCCGAGGAAAACCACGAAACAAACAGGAGGGAGAGGUCUCUGAAGCGUCUGAGCAGGUGCAGAGGGACAGACGAAGGCCUGCCGGAACCGGCCCGAAAACAGCUUCACGAGCAGAAAGUCAGAAGGAGGUGAAUCCUGAGGGGAACCGGACCACUCGAGCCGCUUCACAGAGCGGGAAGAAAGGAGCCGCGGCAGAAGCUCAGCCUCUCGGUCUGAGGCGCUCAAAGAGGAUUGCCAACAAAAAGUAAACCUUUGUUUCAUUUGUUUCUGGUGUUUUUCAUGAAGAAUGAAGUCAGACUGAGUUAAUGUAGUAAUAAUCUCCAUCAGUGGAAUGACUUUACUCUAUUUUCUCAUAUUCUGACCUCAGAAAGCUACCUGUCCCACUCAGUGCUCCACAGAUUUUAAAUCUUGUAUUCCAGGUGAGAUGGAAGGGUUUCUACAAGAAGUCUGUGCCAAAAAGGAUUUUUUGGUGUAAUCAAACUUUUUAUUUUCUUUUCUUACCUUGUCCCUUUUUUAAAAAUUGCUUCUUGGUGAGUUUAUAUCUUUGAAAGUUGUGGAGUGAGUUGGAAGUUUUUAAUGGCUUUUUUCUUCAUAUUUAAAAUACUUUGGACAACUGCUUUAUCGAAAUAAAAUUAUUUGUUCAGAUCUUGUAAA